AAAUACUUUUCCUCUCUUUGAGUCGCUCUUUUUCUAUUUUCAAUUUGGGAGCCACCACAACAGUAACUAGGUAACUUAAAAAAAAUAAUUAGGGCUAACGUCAAUUCCUUCCGGAAAAAGAGAAUUCCAAUUAUUAGAUUAUUCUGUAUUUAUUUUCAAUUGGAUUUCUCAUUUCUGGAAAAAAGAAAAAGGAAAUUCGAACUCUAUAAUUAUAAUUAUUUUAGGUUCGAGUUUGGGAUUGGAAACCCUAAUUUCCAAAACAAAAGCAGAAGGAGAAGGGAAGCGUUGUAUUUUAAUCUUCCUCUUCAGCAAUGGCGGUUUCUACCAUAGCCCUGUACGCAAGCCCACCGAGCAGUGUGUGCUCGACGCCGCACCCAUGCCAGAUCAAUGCCCACGGCUCCUGCGACUUCGAUAUGGGGUCUCGAUCCUCGUCGUCCUCGACGGCGUCGACGUCACAGAAGCCUGUAAUGGGGGGUCUCUCGUGCCUCUUCUCUUCGCCGGCGCCAGCGGCCGUGAAGCACGCGCCACUGUCGGGAUUCUCCGGGGGCGGUGAGGAUCACGGUGGCGGCAGAGGGGAUGAACUGAACCUUAAGGAACUCGGGAGCUCCUUCUCAUACUCGCCGAGCAAGUUUGGUGGUUCUUCUUGGAAGAGGGACCACCAUAGCCCCGUCUCUGUCUUCAACGGCCCCGUUUCGUGUAGCAGCACCGUUGGCUCGUCUUCGAAUUUGAGGAGCACCGCGAGUUCCGUGAGGAUCGGUGGUGGUUCGGAGAGGGUUGGGACCAGUGGGCUGUUUGAUGGGUUCGUGAGGAACGCUUUGGGGUCUUGCUUGGAUUACGAUUCGGCGAGUUUCAAGGUUGGUGGUUUGGAUGAGGGUGAUUCUUCGGCUUUGGCUGAUGAGUUGACCUUCAAUUUGGAGGAUACUUUUAUGGAGGGUGGGUUUGAGCCUUAUGCUAAGAAGUUGCUGCUUGGUGCCCAGUUGAGACACAAGAUCUUCUGCGAAGAGUUUGUAAUCAAGGCCUUUUGUGAAGCCGAGAAAGCGCACAGAGGCCAGGUGCGUGCUAGUGGGGAUCCAUAUUUGCAGCAUUGUUUGGAAACUGCUGUGCUGCUCGCUUUGAUUGGAGCAAAUUCCACGGUGGUUGCUGCAGGGCUCUUGCAUGAUACCCUUGACGAUGCGUUUCUGACCUAUGAUUACAUAUUUGGAACGUUUGGUGCUGGGGUUGCUGAUUUAGUUGAAGGGGUUUCUAAAUUAAGUCACUUGAGCAAGCUUGCUCGAGAAAACAAUACAGCUUGCAAAUCAGUUGAAGCAGACCGUCUGCAUACCAUGUUCCUUGCCAUGGCAGAUGCAAGAGCUGUGCUUAUUAAACUGGCAGAUCGAUUGCACAAUAUGAUGACUCUGGAUGCAUUGCCAGUGGCCAAGCAACAGAGGUUUGCAAAGGAGACUUUGGAGAUUUUUGCACCUUUGGCAAAUCGCUUGGGAAUAUCUAGCUGGAAAGAACAAUUAGAAAAUUUAUGUUUUAAACAUCUCAACCCCGAUCAGCAUGAUGAGCUAUCUUCAAAGCUUGUGGAUUCAUAUGAUGAAGCCAGGAUUACUUCUGCAAUUGAGAAAUUAGAGCAAGCACUUAAAGAUGAAGGCAUAUCGUAUCAUGUCGUUUCUGGGCGGCAUAAAAGCUUAUAUAGCAUUUAUUGCAAAAUGUUGAAGAAGAAACUGACAAUAGAUGAUAUCCACGACAUCUAUGGAUUGCGCUUGAUUGUUGAUAAGGAGGAAGACUGUUACAAAGCAUUGACAAUUGUUCACCAGUUAUGGUCUGAAGUACCUGGAAAGCUAAAAGAUUACAUACGUCGCCCCAAGUUCAACGGGUAUCAAUCCCUGCAUACUGUGGUGAUGGGUGAAGGCAAAGUUCCCCUUGAAGUACAAAUUCGAACAAAAGAUAUGCAUUUACAAGCUGAAUUUGGGUUUGCUGCUCAUUGGAGGUACAAGGAAGAUGACUGUCAGCAUUCUUCAUUUGUGCUUCAGAUGGUUGAGUGGGCUCGAUGGGUUGUCACCUGGCAGUGUGAGGCAAUGAGUAAGGAUUCUACAUCUGUUGGAUAUGGCGAUUCAAUUAAGCCUCCAUGCAAGUUCCCUUCCCAUGUUGAUGACUGUCCAUAUUGUUAUAAGCCCGACUGUGGUCAAGACGGCCCCGUGUUCGUUAUCAUGAUUGAGAAUGAUAAGAUGUCCGUCCAAGAAUUUCGUGCGAACUCAACAGUGAUGGAUCUGAUGGAAAGAGCUGGGCGAGCAAGCUCAAGGUUGAUGACAUAUAGGUUCCCUCUGAAGGAAGAACUGAGGCCAAGACUGAAUCACAUGCCUGUAAGUGAUCCCAAUUGCAAGUUGAAGAUGGGGGAUGUGGUGGAGCUUACACCAGCCAUACCUGACAAGUCUUUGACAGAAUAUAGGGAAGAAAUCCAGCGUAUGUAUGACCGCGGGCUAACCGUCUCCGGCGCUGGACCUACUGCUAGCAGCAUGGUUGGCUCAAGAAGCUGACCCGUGGUUAGCAACGCAUAUCAUUUAGUGUCAGUUAUGUAUAUAUAGAUAUAUUUGUACAGAAAAACACCUCCAUGUUUAUUCCUGUGAAGUUGCUAACAAUUCAAUUAUGUGCUGAAUGAUUUGAUUUAUGUAGUUGUCCCUGAUAAUUAAUCACAUCAGAUUUCACUUCAGGCGUUCCUGGUUUUAGCCUAAUAUCGAUUUAUAGCAAAGGGUUCCCAGAGGGACGAGUUUAUCAAAUAGUCAUGUAUGAUGAAUUUAUAUCUCUGGAGGAGUUUCAUAAUUUAUUUAUGUUGUGUGUUUUCGAUAUAUUUAACGAAGAGUUUUUUGUUU